AUGAUACUAUUUAUAUUCUUAUUUAUACAAUGUACAUUUGCAUUAUUACCAAUAAAGGAUUUUAGGAUACCUAAUUUUCAACUGGAGAAAGAUAAAAUACUUGAAUCAUCAUUUUUAAUACAUAAUAAACAAGUAAUAAAUAAAUCAAAAUUGACUAAAUCAAACACGUUACAAUUUUUAUCUACUGACGACUUAAAUUCCAUAUACUAUUUGAAUUUAACUUUGAGGGGUCCUAACAAUUAUCAAAACCAGUUUCCAUUAUUGUUAGAUACAGGUAGUUCAAUUGCAUGGAUUUAUAAUUCUUCAUGUACUGAAUUAAAUUGUCAAUAUUCAAAUGUGACCAAAUUCAAUUAUCCAGAUGUUGACGGUGAAUAUUUUAGCUUAAGAUAUACAAACGAUGAAGUAAGUGGAGAGGUGGUGAAUUUAGAGGAUUACGAAAUUGUUGCAAACAUCAACGAUUUAAAUUUUAAUUAUUCAGUAGGUAUUACACUGACAUAUCCUGUUAUAUUCAAAGAUUAUUAUUUAAGUGGGUUACUAGGUAUUUCUUCAGAGAAAUCGAGUAGAAAUAUCGUUAGUAGGUUACACAAUAAUGGAAUUAUAAAUCAGCAUAAAUUUGGAUUAUAUUUAUCAAAUGUGAAAUACCAGCAAGAUACUUAUGGAGGACUAGUAUUAUUUGGAAGUGAUGCAGACCAUGAAAUAUUCAACAAUCCUGCAAUUACAAUACCUAUUAUACCCAAUUUUAAUAACUUUUGGUUAUUUAACUCAACUAUUUCAAUUAAUACAACAUUAAUGAAUAGAUCAGCAAUUCUUGAUUCAGGUACUACUGGGAUAGUUGUUCCAUUUAAUGAUUCAUUAGUACUACAUGAUGCUUUAUUUGGUGAUGGAUUCUUAUACGAUGAAAAUGGAAAUUUUGCAUUUUUAUGUAAUUCAACAAAUUCUAUUACAUUUGAAACUGAAAAUGGGGAGAAAUUUACUUUGCAUACUGAUCUUAUUAAAGGUUUAGAAUAUACUGGAGCAUUAUCUGGAUAUUGCGCUAGUAAAAUUCAAGGAUUAGAUUAUGAGUACUGGAUACUUGGAGCUGCAUUUUUGAAAAAUUAUUAUACAAUUUUUGAUUUAGAUUCACAAUCUAUACUAUUACAAGAGUUGACGAUAGAUGAGAUAGAAGUGACGGAUUCAGUUAAUACAGAAGUCACGAAUUCCGUCAUUACAACAGUAACAACAAGCAAACCCAUAACUACAUCAUUAAAUACAACCAACAUUAGUCAUACAUCAAGCCUUAGUAUGAGUCUGUUCACAUCUGAAUAUUCUUACAAUCAAGCAAGUUCACUAAAUUAUUCAAUUUUAUCAUUUAUAGCACUUAUAGUAACAAUAAUAUCUUAG